CGCGACAUGGGCGACUCCGCCGCGGGCGACGCCAGCGCGGGCUCCAAGAUCUUCGUCGGUGGACUCGAUCGAACCGUCGAUGAAGGCGUGGUGAGAAACUUUUUCUCGCAGUUCGGGCCGGUGAUGGAGGUGCUGGUGAUGCGCGACCCGCACAACCAUCAAAGCCGAGGAUUCGGGUUCAUCACGUUUCAACGGGAUGAUUCCGCGAAGCAAGUGCUUCAAAACCGAUACCACGACAUGCUCGGUAAGCGCGUGGAGGUGAAGAGCGCGGUGCCGCGAGGACAGGCGCCGCCGCCGCAGCGCGGACCGCCGAGGAGCUCGCAAGGGUACGGAUACGGCCAGCCUCGCGGGGGACCGGGCGGUGCCGCGGGACCCGGGUAUGGGUACAGCGGACAGCAAUACGGCGCACCGCAAGCCGGCGGUGCGCCGGGCGCGUACGACGGGGCGAACCCUUGGGGGACCCUCGGCGGCGACGCCGCGGGCGGACAAAAGCCCGGAUACGGGUACGCCGGCGACGGUUCCAAGCCUCCGGGCGGCACCGCCGAUGCGUCCAGCCACGGUUGGACCGAGCACACCGCACCCGAAGGGUACGUGUACUAUUACAACAGCAGAACAGGUGUGAGCCAGUGGGAGCGACCCAUGGAGCUCGACUUUCCGAAGUAAUCCCUCGGAAGGGCGCCUCGGAAAACGUUGGGCGCGUCGCCGCGCGCACGCGUUCGUCUAUCGUCCCUCUUCGUCCUCGUCGGCACCGUCCGACGACGCGAGAGCGACGAUGUAUUCGAUCUCGCGCGCGCGCGUCGCGCCAUCUUAAAGAUCUAGCCAAUAGAUCUAGCGAGUAGUCACGGGCGCGCGUCGCUUAGCAAGCACGCGCGGGCCCCCGUAGCGCAACAUAGUACACGGACUAGCGCACACGAGACGUCGACGCCAUCGACGCGAAACGCUCGUUUCGCCGACAUCGUCCGCGCGUCUCCUGUUCAAGUAGAGAACACUGAUAGAAGUUUAACGCACGUUUGUUCAA